AUGACCAUCACUCUGCUGUAUGCCCAAGUGUUUGCCUUGGAGUCCCAUGAUUUUGCAGUAAUCUCUUACACUAAGCUGGCAGCAACUGUACACACACAAAUCUUUGUGAAGACCCUGAUGGGCAAGACCAUCACCCUCAAGGUCAAGCCCAGUGACACCACUGAGAAUGGCAAAGCCAAAAUCCAAGAAAAGGAGGCCAUCCUGCCUGACCAGCAGCAUCUGAUUUUUGCAGGAAAACAGCUGGAGGACGCCGCCCUCUCCCAGACCACAAUAUCCAGAGAGUCCGCCCUGCACUGGGUGCUACGCCUGCGAGGUGGCAUCGAGCCCUCCCUCCACCGGCUGGCCCAGAAAUACAACUGCGACAAGAUGAUCUGCCAUAAGCGCUCCCCCACAAGAAGUGCGGCCACACCAACAACAUGGCCCCAGGAAGGUCUUCCUUGGCCGGCAGGGGGACCUCCUGCCAGAGCCACAAGCGAUCCCACAGCUGAAGAUCCAGUUCAGUUACCCAGCAAUAGCAAAGAGACUUCCGUGGACUCUUUCCUUCAAACAGUUGAGGAAAUCGAGGAGUUCCUCAAGGACGUCUCUGAGACAUAUAAGGCAAAAAUGUCAGCUGCACCAGAACCACAGCUCCAUAUACCUCUGGCUGACCAUGGUGAAGACAACCAACAUGAGUCAACCCAGAGGAUGAUGACUCCUCUGAAGUCUACAAUGGUGACCUUCUUUGAUGAGAGAAGACCCACAACCUCCCAGAUGACAGAUGUUAUUGACAACCCAAAGACAACAUUCACUGCUUGCCAAAAGAUAACUGCAAAUAAGAUAGCGAUCCCCAGUGAAGGUAAUCAGAUGAAGACCCUCAGUGAUGACCAGAUCCUCUAUGGAGGCCAGGUGACAGUUCCUAAAGAGAACCACAUGAUGACCUUCAGUGCUAAGCAGACCUUCACUGAGGGCCAUACAAUGACUUCCAGUGGUAAUCAGACCCUGAACUGGAACCAGAUGACAACGCUGUGUGAAGAACAACAGAUGAAGACCCUCAGUGAUGACCAGACCCUCUAUGGAGACCAUAUGACCUUCACUGGGGGCCAGACCCUCUAUGGGGGCCAGAUGGAGACCUACAGUGGUGACCAGAUGCUCUAUGGAGGCCACAUGACCCUCAGCGGGUACCAGACCCUCUAUGGGGGCCAGAUGAAGUCACUUAGUGAUGACCAGACCCUUUAUGGAGGACAGAUGACCUACAGUGGGGACCAGAUCCUCUAUGACAGCCAGGUGAACACCUUUGGUGAUGACCAGACCCUCUAUGGAGGUCAGAUGAUGACCCUUAAGGGGCAUCAUAUGACAACUUCCACUGAUGACCACACUGUCUAUGGAGACCAUAUGAUGCCACAUCAAUCAUCAUCAUUGCCAUACCCAGGAUUCCUAUACUUUUCCAGUUCCCAUUUGAUCUAUGGACAAACCCUAGAAAAGCAGAAGUGCAACGUCAAGACCCAGAGAUGUCAAGUCCAGAAGAAUCCUAACGUUUUGAAGACCUACACUUGCACAUACCAGGACUGUGGUAAAUCAUAUACUAAGCCUUCCCACCUCCGGAUCCAUGAGCGCAAACAUACUGGUAAGUGAGGGGUAGG